AUGGCAGCCGCCCCGACCACCACGCCGAAGCUGGACCGCUACAUCGUCAUCCACGUCGCAACGACAUGUGACGAGCACGGCGUCUACGUCACCAAGGACUCGGCCGAAGUGAUCGAGCUGGGAUGGAUCCUGCUGGAUACCAAGACUUGUGAGGAGUUGCAUCGGGAGAGUGUCCUUGUCAAGCCCGUCAACACCCCCAUCACUCCCCUCUGCACGAGCUUGACCACCCUCACGUGGGAGCAUGUUCGCAAUGCAGGGACCUUCCGCGAUGCCAUCAACCGGUUUGAUGCCUUCGCCCAGGAACACCUCAUCUCCAAGAAUCUCGAGUUCUCGUUCGUGACCCUCGACUCCUGGGAUCUCCGCGUACAGCUGCCCCGUGAGGCUCGAGACAAGGCCGUCGUUCUGCCUCCGUACCUGCAGCACUCUCGCACCUUUGACCUUCGUACCGAGUACCAGAGAUGGCAAACCCACCACCCGGAGUCGUUGCCUUUUGGUCCCAGCUCCCUGUCCAAUAUCUGCGCUGCCCUCGAGGUCGAACCUGUCCAGUCCUCCGCGCCAAUCAAGCACAAUCUUCCUUUCCAUCUGCAGGCAUUGGCGCCAGCGUCUCCGCGGCGGGCCAUGGAAGAAGCCAUCACGCUGGCCCGAGUCCUCCGAGGUUUGAUCCGCAAGUCGCAGCCCCCUCAUGAACAUCCCGAAAUCUUGACCCGUCCCAUGGACGCAAGAGCGGAUGUUCGCGCCUUCCUGGCAGAGCGCAGCAAGGUCCUUCAUCUGAGCGGCCUGCCCCAUGACACGACUCAAUCGGAACUGGAGAGCUGGUUCACUCAGUAUGGAGGACGCCCGAUUGCCUUUUGGACGCUUCGCACGCCGGACCAGCACAAGCCCACCGGUACCGGGUUCGCGGUGUUUUCAUCUCAUGAAGAGGCUGCUGAGAGUCUGUGCAUGAAUGGCCGUGCAUUAAACGAGAAGGCCAUCGAGGUCUCGCCGUCAUCCAGUCGGGUCCUCGACCGUGCGGCCGAAAUCCUCACGCCGUUCCCUCCGUCCAAGAAUCGCCCCAGACCUGGCGACUGGACUUGCCCCUCUUGUGGCUUCUCCAACUUCCAGCGCCGUACGGCCUGUUUCCGCUGCUCCUUCCCUGCGGUCGGUGCUGCGCCCGACCCCAUGGGAUAUGGAGCUUACGGCUAUGGCCCUCCUUCCAUGAUUCCUCCUAUGGGUCACCAUGGAGCCCAUGCCAUGGGCCAUACUCGUGGUAUGGGAGGCAACGGUGGUGUGGUGCCAUUCCGGGCUGGUGACUGGAAGUGUGGCUCGGAGGGCUGCGGCUAUCACAAUUUCGCCAAGAACAUCAACUGUUUGCGAUGCGGUGCUCCGCGCUCCGGGGCUGCUGUUGUCGCCGACUCUGCAUUCCCGUCUCCUAUGGACCCUCCGUCGGGCUUCGGAAUGGGCCCGGGGUCCAUGGCCAGUACUCCCGCCCCGGGUCCUUUUGCCUCGACUGCAGGAGGCUUUGGCGGUUUUGGUCAGCAAUUUGGUGCUCCACCAAACAACUAUGCCUUGCCGUCGGGGCUUGGAAACGCUCCUGCGCCCUAUCCUCCCAUGGGACAGGUGAAUGCAGGAUAUGGCUCCCCUAACGUGUCCCAGUCUACGGCCUCGUUUGGCAACCCGGCGACCCAGGCUGCAUUUAGCGGAGCGGACCACGCGCCCCAGUCCACCGCGUCCAACGGCAAUCUCUACAGCACUGACGGAUCCAAUGAUCCUUUUGCAUUCCUGUCCUCGGGACUUGGUGGCCUCACCGUGAGUGACGAUGCCCAUGGUCGCAGAAACGGUACUGCUUCCAACAAGUCCCCAGCAUAA